GCGGGUGGGAAAAGCAGGAGAGAGAUAGGGAGGCGCGCAGAGGUCUGCAGUCUAAAAUCUUGGCUCGCAUAAAGCCGACACGACGCUUUGGCUGAGAUUUUGGGAUUAUCUCAUCAUCCUGCACGCUUCAACGUUGGUCCAGAAGUUCUCCAACGACCGAGGAGAUCUUUAGUUGGAUUAGGAUCACCGCUGAGGCUCUCCAUCAUCUCCGAAGAGUUCUGACGUGGAUUAGUGGCUUUUAAACAUCUAAACUGAGGAUAAAUUCGACAGCAGGACACACAAGUCUUCAACCAGGAGUCUGUUGGCUUUCGUGGGUCUGGUGAAUUCGGUCACAUCUGUGGAUCCGACGGAGGAUUUUCCAGACUCCCCCCCUCCCCCCGCCCCCAGUCUUACUGGGUAGAUCACUGUCCAUUUCCCUCUCCCCCUCAUUCCGCUUGCCUCCCCUCUUCUCUCCCCCUCCUGUAAAAUCUAUCUUCUCAGACACUCUGAACCCCUCGAUCCCCGCAUGACAUGGUUCAGUCCAGCUGUGAGAUCCGAGCCUCCUCCAUGCAUUGGGAUUUUUCUCAGCACCGACACCGAGUGAAUCUCCCUUUUCUGCGCAUCUGAGAACUCAUCGUGCCUGCCCAAUUAGAGGAAGAGAAGAAGAAAAAGCCUUGUCAUGACCGCCACUUCCCAUCGGGACGGAGCAACGGGACUCGGGAGGAGAGUGGAAUGUAGGGAAAGGGACGGGGUUCGGAUUUUCUCUCUAAUGAAGGCGGGAGUACAGUUCUGGAGCCGCGCGCUGCUCUUAUACACGGGGCUGCUGGCCGCCUCGGUGAAGGGUCAGAACUGCAGUUACACCUUACACAGUCCCAAUGGGACUAUAGAGAGUCCUGGAUACCCGUACGGCUAUCCCAACUACGCCAACUGUACGUGGGUCAUUGUGGCAGCGGAGCACAACCGGAUACAGCUGGUGUUUCAAGGCUUCGCUCUCGAGGAGGACUUUGACAUCUUGUCUGUGUAUGAUGGGCCACCCAGCCCUGGGAACCUGCGAACAAGGUUAACUGGCUUCCAGCUGCCUUCACCCGUUGUGAGUACCGGCUCCAGGCUCACCUUGUGGCUGCUGUCUGACUAUGCAGUCAGCGGGCAGGGAUUCAAAGCUGUCUAUGAAGCCCUGCCCAGUUAUACCUGUGGAAAUCCUGGACAGCUACUGAAUGGCUACCAGCAGGGGGCCAGCUUUAAUAUCGGGGAUAAAAUCCGCUACAGCUGCAGCCCUGGCUACAUGCUGGAGGGCCACACCACCCUGUCCUGCCUCGCCACUUCAACCGGCACUGCUGCCUGGGACUUUCCACUUCCCUACUGCAGAGCGGAUGAUGGAUGUGGAGGGACACUGCGGGGCCAGAGUGGGGUGAUCACCACCCCCAAUUACCCAGCUGAGUACAACAAUAAUGCUGACUGCACCUGGACUGUGCUGGCUGAGCCAGGAGACACCAUUGCCCUGGUUUUCUCUGACUUUCAGCUGGAGGACGACUAUGACCUGCUGGAGGUCAGCGGCACUGACGGCUCCUCGCAGUGGUUUACUGGACCCAACCUUCCCUCACCCAUCAUCAGCAGCAAGAACUGGCUUCGUCUUCACUUCACAUCUGAUGGCAACAACAGGAUGAGAGGUUUCGGUGCACAGUACCAGGUGAAGAAGAUGACAGAACUCAAAUCUCGAGGUGUGAAGAUGUUGCCAAGCAAGGAUAACCACCACAAGUUGUCAGUGUUGUCUCAAAUGGGCGUCGCACAAGGACACAACAUGUGUCCGGAUCCGGGGGUUCCAGAUCGAGGAAAAAGAAAAGGAUCCGACUUCAGGCGAGGGGCGACGGUGCAUUUCUCCUGCGAUGAGGGCUAUGAGCUGCAGGGUUCAAAGAGCAUCACCUGCCUCAGAGUGACAGACAGCUAUGUAGGCUGGAGUGAUGAGCGGCCCAUCUGCAGAGCACCCAUGUGUGGAGGUCAGUUAAAAGGACCCAGUGGCGUCAUCACGUCUCCCAACUACCCCGUUCAGUACGACAACAACGCCAACUGCACCUGGGUCAUCACAACCACCGACACAUCCAAGGUAAUCAAGCUGACAUUUGAGGAUUUUGACCUGGAGAGAGGCUAUGACACCCUGACGGUGGGAGACGGCGAGCUGGUGGGGGAUCAGAAGACCAUCUUUCACGUCCUGUCUGGUACCUCCACGCCUGACCUCGUGGUCAGCACCAGUCACCAAAUGUGGCUCAACUUCAAAACAGACGACACCAGCGGCUCCCUCGGCUUUAAGGUGUCUUAUGAAGAAAUUGACCAGGGCAGUUGUGGUGAUCCUGGAAUCCCAGCUUAUGGAAAACGGGAAGGGACUGGUUUUCGCCAUGGGGACCGGCUCUACUUUGAGUGUCUGCCUGCCUUCGAGCUGGUCGGAAAGAAGAACAUCACCUGUCAAAAGAACAACCAGUGGUCAGCUAAGAAACCCAGCUGUGUUUUCUCCUGCUUCUUCAACUUCACCACUCCGUCCGGGGUGCUGCUCUCUCCCAACUACCCCCAGGAGUAUGGGAACAACAUGCACUGUGUGUGGCUCAUCCUCACCAACCCUGAGAGCAGAAUCAAUCUGGCCUUCAAUGACCUCAGCAUGGAAAAACAAUUUGACUUCCUGUCCAUCAAGGAUGGAGGAAAGGCCGAGUCACCCAUCCUGGGCACAUUCUCCGGAGACUCGCUGCCUCCUCCAAUAACAACAAGUGGCCACGUGGCUCGACUGGAGUUCCUGACUGACCAUACGUACACAGACAGGGGCUUUAACAUCACCUUUACCACGUUUCGCCACAACGAAUGUCCAGAUCCGGGGGUGCCAGUCAACGGGAAGCGUUUUGGUGAGAGCCUCCAGCUGGGCAGCUCCAUCUCCUUCAUUUGUGAGGACGGGUUUGUGAAGACGCAUGGCUCUCAGACCAUAGCCUGUAUUCUCAAGGACGGCAACGUGGUGUGGGACAACGCUGUCCCUCGCUGUGAAGCCCCAUGCGGAGGAGAUCUGAAGGCUCCCAGUGGGAUCAUUCUCUCCCCCGGUUGGCCAGAACUAUACAAGGAGGCCCUUAACUGUGAAUGGAUCAUCGAGGCUCCUCCAGGCUACCCCAUCAAGAUCAUCUUCGACAAGUUUCGUACUGAGGUCAACUAUGAUGUUUUGGAGGUGAGGGAUGGACGAUUUCCCUCUUCUCCUCUAAUUGGGAGUUACCAGGGCACCCAGGUCCCCCAGUUCCUCAUCAGCACCUCCAACUUCCUGUAUCUCCUCUUUACCUCCGACAAGAGCCACUCUGACAUUGGCUUCCGUAUACGAUAUGAAACUCUGCAGCUGCAGUCCGAUCACUGUGUGGAUCCUGGCAUACCUGUGAACGGGCAGCGGCACGGCAACGACUUCUACGUGGGCGCUCUGGUGACAUUCAGCUGUGACGCCGGCUACACGCUCAGCGACACACAGCCUCUGGAGUGUGAACCCAACUUUCAGUGGAGUCGGCCCCUGCCGAGCUGCGAUGCCCUGUGUGGAGGUUACAUCCAAGGCAACUUUGGAACCAUCUUGUCUCCCGGCUUUCCCGACUUCUACCCACACAACCUGAACUGCACCUGGAUCAUCGAGACGUCCCAUGGCAAAGGUGUGCAGUUCUCCUUCCACACCUUCCACCUGGAGAGUCCUCAUGACCAUUUGUUGGUCACGGAGAACGGCAGCUUCUCUCAGCCCCUCUGGAGGCUGACGGGCUCCACUCUGCCGCCGCUUCUCAGCGCCGGCCUGUUUGGGAACUACACCGCUCAGAUCCGCUUUCUCUCGGACUUCUCCGUGUCCUACGAGGGCUUCAACAUCACCUUCUCAGAGUAUGAUUUGGAGCCUUGUGAGGACCCAGGAAUCCCCCCCUACAGCACCAGGAAAGGCCUUCAGUAUGGGGUGGGCGACGCCCUCAUCUUCUCCUGUUUCCCGGGUUACAGGCUGGAGGGUCCGGCCAGGGUGGUGUGUUUAGGAGGCAGAAGGAGAGUGUGGAGCUCCCCUCUGCCAAGGUGUGUAGCUGAAUGUGGCUCAUCCGUGACCGGCAUGCAAGGGGUGCUGCUCUCCCCGAACUACCCUGGUUACUACGGCAACAACCACGAAUGCAUCUACUCUAUCCAGACCCAGCCCGGCAAAGGCAUCCAGCUAAGAGCACGGGACUUUAGACUGGAGGAGGAUGACGUGCUUAAAGUCUUUGAUGGCAGCAGCAAUCAGGCUCGUCUCCUGGGCGUGUUUUCAGUCAGCGAGCUUCUGGACACGACGUUAAACUCCACCUCCAGCUCCAUGUGGCUGGAGUUCAUCAGCAAUGCAGAAAACACCAGUAAAGGCUUUGAGUUACACUUCACUAGCUUUGAGCUGGUUAAAUGUGAGGAUCCAGGCGUUCCCCAGUUUGGCUUUAAGUUGGAGGACAAAGGUCAUUUUGCAGGCAGCACCGUGUCGUACAGCUGUGACCCAGGCUACACCCUGAAGGGCCCUGAGGUUCUCACCUGCCUGAGGGGGGAGAGAAGGGCCUGGGACAGCCCACUUCCUCUGUGUGUGGCGGAGUGUGGAGGCACCAUCAAGGAAGAGCCUUCUGGUCGUAUCCUGUCUCCUGGCUACCCAGCGCCAUAUGAACACAACCUGAAUUGUAUCUGGACCAUCGAGGCAGCCCCGGGAAGCACCAUAAGCCUGCACUUCCUGGUUUUCCACACUGAGGAAGUCCACGACGUGCUUCGGAUCUGGGAUGGUCCCCAGGAUGGGGGGGUGUUGCUGAGGGACCUGAGCGGUUCGGCGCUGCCCGUAGAUGCUCACAGCACCUUCAACACCGUCACUCUGCAGUUCACCACAGACUUCUUCACCAGCAAGCAGGGCUUUGCUCUGCAGUUUUCUGUUUCUACCGCGACCUCCUGCAAUGACCCAGGCAUGCCGACUAAUGGCACCCGCAGCGGCGACAGCAGGGAGCCUGGGGACCAUGUGGUGUUCCAGUGUGAUCCUGGGUACAUCCUGCAGGGGGCCAACAAGAUCACAUGCACGGAGAUCAACGGUCGCUACUUCUGGCAGCCAGACCCCCCCACAUGCACAGCUCCGUGCGGUGGGAACCUGACCGGAACAAGGGGGCUGAUCCUGUCUCCAGAUUAUCCCGAGCCCUACCCACACGGGCGCGAGUGUGACUGGAGGGUGACCGUCACGCUGGACUAUGUCAUCUCACUCAGCUUUAAUCAGUUCAGCUUGGAGCCCAGUUAUGACUUCCUGCACAUCUACGAUGGGCCGGACUCCCUCAGCCCCCUGCUGGGUAGUUUCUAUGGCACAGAUGUUCCAGAUCGCAUCGAGAGCAGCUCCAACACACUCUUCUUGGCUUUCCGCAGCGAUGCAUCCCUCAGCAGUAAUGGAUUUGUGCUGCAGUACACAGAAAACCCCAGGGAGUCGUGCUUCGAACCUGGCCUGGUGCGCAACGGGACGCGGCUGGGCACCGAUCUCAAGCUGGGCUCCACCGUCGCCUACCGCUGCGAUAGUGGCUACACGCUGGAGGGAGACCCAACGCUCACUUGCAUCAUGGGGGGAGAUGGCAAGCCAAGCUGGAACAAGCCCAAACCCAUCUGCAUCGCUCCAUGUGGUGGGCAGUACUCUGGUUCAGAGGGAGUGGUUUUGUCUCCCGGUUACCCCGGCAACUACAGUAGCUCUCGGACCUGUUUAUACUCUGUAGCUGUGCCCAAGGAUUACGUGGUCUUCAGUCAGUUCGCCUUCUUCCAAACAGCCCUGAAUGACAUUGUGGAGGUUUACGAUGGAGCAACCCAACAUUCUCGUGUUCUUAGCUCUCUGUCUGGAGCUCACACAGGUGAGUCGUUGCCAUUAGCAACGUCCAACCAAAUCCUGAUCCGCUUUACCGCCAAAGGCCAGUCCAGCUCUAGAGGAUUCCAUCUGGUCUACCAGGCUGUACCACGGACCAGUGCUACCCAGUGCAGUUCGGUCCCCGAGCCCAGAAAUGGACGCCGCAUGGGCAACAACUUUGGCGUGGGCGCAGUGGUGCGCUUUGAGUGCAGCCCGGGUUACGUACUGGAGGGGUCAAUCGCCAUCGAAUGUUUACCAGUUCCUAACGCCCUGGCUCAGUGGAACAGCUCCAUACCCAGCUGCAUAGUCCCGUGUGGAGGUAACCUGACCCAUAGAACCGGAACCAUCCUAUCUCCGGGCUUCCCCGAGCCGUACCUCAACAGCCUGAACUGUGUGUGGAAGAUCACGGUCCCAGAGGGAUCUGGAAUCCAGAUCCAGGUAAUCAGCUUUGUCACGGAGCAGAACUGGGAUUCUCUGGAGGUCUUCGAUGGAGGCGACAACACCGACACGAUGCUCGGCAGCUUCUCAGGCACCACCGUCCCAGCUCUCCUCAACAGCACCUCCAACCAACUCUACUUUCACUUCUUCUCAGACAUCAGUGUGUCUGCAGCUGGAUUCAGGCUGGAGUACAAAACCGUGUCGCUGACCAACUGCCCAGAACCCGUGGUUCCUAUGAACGGGAUCAAAGUAGGGGAGCGUCUCCAGAUGAACAACGUGGUGUCCUUUCACUGUGAACCUGGUUAUACUCUACAGGGGAACUCACACAUCACCUGCAUGCCUGGAACCGUCCGACGGUGGAAUUACCCCCCUCCCCUCUGCAUAGCUCAGUGCGGUGGGAUCCGUGAGGAGAUGGAGGGAAUGAUUCUUAGUCCUGGUUUCCCUGGCAACUACCCUAGCAACAGUGACUGCACCUGGAGAAUUUACCUGCCCGUUGGUUACGGAGCUCAUGUCCAGUUCCUUAACUUCUCCACGGAGGCUAAUCAUGACUUCCUGGAGGUCCGUAACGGGCCUCUUGACACGAGUGCAGUAGUUGGUCGAUUCAGUGGGCAGGAUGUUCCCUCCUCCCUUCUCACCACCUCCCAUGAGACAACAGUGUACUUCCAUAGUGACCACUCACAGAACAAACCUGGCUUCAGGUUUGAGUACCAAGCCUAUGAGCUGCAGGAAUGCCCAGAUCCAGAGCCCUUUCAUUACGGAGUGGUUGUGGGCGCUGGCUUCAACGUGGGACAGUCCAUCUCCUUUGAGUGCCUGCCUGGAUAUCAGCUGGUGGGUCAUUCCAUCCUCACCUGUGAGCAUGGCACCACUCGCAACUGGGACCACCCAUUUCCUCGCUGUGAAGUGCCUUGUGGCGGAAACAUCACGUCAGACAACGGGACCAUCUUUUCUCCUGGAUACCCCGCAGAGUACCCCAACUCAGCAGACUGCUACUGGCUGAUUUCAGUGGCUCCUAGUUUUGGUGUCAGGCUGAACUUCACCCUGCUUCAGGUUCAUGGGCCACAUGACUUCAUCACUGUCUGGGAUGGUCCACAGGAGACAGCCAGGAAGCUGGGUGUGUUCACCGAUGGAGAGCCUAAUGACCCGCCCAGUAGCACAUCCAAUCAGGUGCUGAUACGAUUCCGUAGCAACACAGAAAAGGGGGGCUUGUUCAGAAUUGGCUUUCAAGCUUACAGACUGCAGCACUGCCUGCCUCCUCCCAUCAUCCCUAAUGCAGAGAUCCUGAUGGCAAGCAAAGAAUUCAAAAUUGGUGAUAUCGUGCGUUACAGGUGCCUUCCAGGCUACCAGCUGAGUGGAAACAGCAUCCUGACUUGUCGAUUAGGUACACACUUAGAGUUUGAGGGGCCUCACCCUCAUUGUCCUCUCACGUGCCCCAUGAACGAAGUGCUGACAGCAUCCACCGGCAUCAUUAUGAGCCAAUCACCAGGCAGCGGUUUCCCUCAUUUCGAGUCUUGCUCCUGGGUGGUAAAAGUAGAACCCGGCUACAACAUCACCUUCACCAUCGAACACUUCCAGACCAGUCGUCAGUUCGAUGAGCUGGAGAUCUUUGAUGGCCCAUCCAGACAGAGCCCCCUCCUGAUCACCCUCAGCGGUAACUAUUCCAGUCCUCUGAGCGUCACCAGCUCCAGUAACAGAGUCUACCUUCACUGGUCCUUCGACCACACCACCAGCCACAAAGGCUUUCGCAUACGAUACUCAGCUGCCUACUGCAGCCCACCAAGCAACCCUGUGAACGGCACUGUCCACAGCCUGACAGGCACCAAGCUAGGCAGCACUCUGCGCUUCAGCUGUGACCAGGGCUUUCGGCUUAUUGGCCAGAGCAGCGCCUCAUGCAGCCGCACUGCCCAAGGAAUCCAUCAGUGGAAUGCACCUGUGCCACUUUGUCAAGUCAUGUCCUGUGGAAUGCCAGUUGCUCCUGUCAAUGGCAGCAUCGUUGGCCAAGACUUCUCUCUUGGAGCCAAGGUCACCUACCAGUGUAACCCCGGGUUCCGGCUUGCUGGUCCCAUCACCACCUCAGUGAUCUGUCAAGAGUCUGGGAGGUGGAGCCCCAUUGAGGCCCCACCCCGAUGUGUCCCGGUGACCUGUCCUGACAUUGGACACUCUGCUGUGGAAAAUGGAAGAUGGCGACUAAUCUACGGCACCCAAAACCAGUUUGAUGCUAUAAUGAUGCUCAUAUGUGACCCAGGAUAUUACUACAGGGGUCAGAGGAUCAUUCGUUGUCAGGCCAACAGCACAUGGAACUACCCGGAUCCUCGCCCCGUCUGUGACAUCAUCUCCUGUGGGGACCUUGGCACUCCACCAAAUGGCAACAAGAUUGGAACGUUGACCGUGUAUGGAGCCACUGCCAUUUUCUCCUGCAACACUGGAUACACCUUAGUGGGCUCUCGGGUACGAGAGUGCAUGUCCAACGGUCUUUGGAGUGGAACACAAGUUCAGUGUCUAGCCGGCCAUUGUGGCACUCCAGAGCCAAUAGUCAAUGGUCAAAUCGCUGGGGAGAACUACAACUACCGAGGCAGUGUCGUGUACCAGUGUAACCCAGGAUUUCGUCUUAUCGGGGUGUCGGUGCGAAUCUGUGAACAGGAUCACCGUUGGUCAGGGCAGACUCCCGUCUGCGUUCCCAUCACAUGUGGUCACCCUGGCAACCCUACAUUUGGUCUGACCCAAGGAACCCAGUUCAACCUGAAUGACGUUGUGCGGUUUGUCUGCAAUACUGGAUAUGUCCUGCAGGGGGCCGUCAAGUCUACGUGCCAGGCCAAUGGGCAGUGGAACAACGCCCUCCCAAAGUGUAAAAUUGUGAACUGCACAGAGCCAGGUCAUGCGGAGAACAGCAUCAGACAGGUUUUGUCCAGCGGGCCUCAUCGGUACAGCUUCCAGACCACCAUGUCAUACCGCUGUAACCCGGGCUACUACCUGCUGGGCACCAGCUCCAUCUCCUGCCAGGGGGAUGGCACCUGGGACCGCUCACUGCCCAAAUGUCUGUCGGUGCUUUGUGACCGCCCCACCGUGCCUCCCUACGCUCAGAUCUCAGGCGAUCGUCGGAGUGUGGGCUCGGUGAUUCGCUACAGCUGCACGGACCAGCGUACCAUCAUUGGUAACACCACACGGAUGUGCCAGCUGGAUGGGCAGUGGAGCGGCUCCCCACCACACUGCUCUGGGGAAUCGAGAGGCUUGUGUGGAGAUCCAGGUGUUCCUGUGCAUGGCAUUCGCCUCGGAGACAAAUUUAGCGUGGGCAGUGUUGUCCGCUUCAGCUGUGAGCCUGGCUACCUUCUGAAGGGUUCGUCGGAGAGAACCUGCCUUGCCAAUGAAAGCUGGUUAGGCGUUCAACCAGAGUGUCACGUGAUUUCUUGUGGAAAUCCUGGAACCCCCCGAAACGCCCAGAUCCUGAUCCACGAUGGCCUAACUUUCUCCAGAUCCAUCACCUACACUUGCAGGGAGGGCUACUAUUCGACCGGGCUGCUGACCCGACACUGCACCGUGAACGGGACCUGGACGGGCAACAUGCCAGAGUGCUCAGUCAUCAACUGUGGAGAUCCUGGAGUUCCGGCUAACGGGGUGAGGUUUGGGAAUGAUUUCACUUACAACCACACGGUCAGUUUCCAGUGUUCUGCUGGCUACACGAUGGACGCAGACAGGGCCUCGUCCCUCGUCUGCACCAAGGAUCGAACCUGGAAUGGGACGAAGCCGCUCUGUAGAGCAAUUGUCUGUGGGCUACCACCUCCCAUCCCAAACGGACAAGUCGUUGGGACAGACUUCACGUGGGGCUCCAGCAUCAGCUACUCCUGCAACCAGGGCUACCAGCUGUCUCUUCCCACCGUGUUAACAUGUCAGGGCAACGGCAACUGGAGUGGAGAGAAACCACAGUGCUUCCCUGUGUUCUGUGGAGAUCCUGGAAUUCCAGCUCAGGGAAGGAGGGAGGACCGUGGCUUCACUUAUCUGUCCUCUGUCUCCUUCUCCUGCCACCCACCUCUCGUCUUGGUCGGCUCAGCCAGGAGAUACUGCCAGUACGACGGCACCUGGAGCGGCACCCAGCCCUCCUGCAUAGAUCCCAGUCACACAACCUGUGGAGAUCCUGGCACUCCCCUGUUUGGAAACCAGAACAACAGCCAAGGCUACCAGAUCAGCAGCACCAUGUUCUUCAGCUGCAGGAAAGGCUACCUGCUGCAGGGCUCCAUCUCUCGCACAUGUCUGCCCAACCUGACCUGGAGUGGAUUUCAGCCUGAGUGCAUUGCCCACCACUGCAGCCAGCCUGAGCUGCCGGGCCAGUCCGACGUAAGGGCCAUUGAGCUGCCGUCUCUUGGCUACACACUGAUCUAUACAUGUCAGCCUGGCUUCUACCUGGCUGGAGGAUCAGAACACAGAACCUGCAGGUCCGAUGGUAGCUGGUCAGGAAAACCACCACUCUGUGCAGCGGAUAAUCGCCCAAGUGGAAAGAGCCCAGUGGGGACUGUGCAGGAGCCACCAUCUAAGUUACCGGUCCCGAGUGGCGUGUUUGCUAAGAACUCCCUCUGGAGAGGUUCCUAUGAGUACCUUGGGAAGAAGCAGCCGGCCAUGCUGAGCAUCACUGCCUUCGAACCCUUCAGCAGCCGAGUUAACGGGACUCUCAUUGAUCACAGUGGAGUUGAGCUCAAGUUGUCAGGUACGUACAAGAGGGAGGAAGCCCAGCUGCUGCUACAGGUCCUCCAGAUCAGAGGUCCUGUGGAGAUCUUUGUCAACAAGUUCAAAAUCGACAACUGGGCCCUGGAUGGGCAUGUGUCCUACAUCUCUUCAUCCAACUCCUUUGUGUACCAGGGAUUUGUCAGAGGAAAAGGCUUUGGCCAGUUUGGUCUCCAGAGACUGGAGAGUCUAGAUCCCAGCAGAGACAACCCAGGCUACAACUUUGCCUCCAACAGCAGUUCAGUGGCAGCUGCCAUCCUAGUGCCUUUUAUAGCCAUGAUCAUUGCAGGCUUUGCUUUGUACCUCUACAAACACAGAAGAAGACCCAAAGUUCCCUUCAACGGCUACGUGGGCCACGAGAACACCAACGGACGUGCAACGUUCGAGAACCCCAUGUACGACCGCAACAUCCAGCCCACCGACAUCAUGGCCAACGAGACGGAGUUCACAGUCAGCACAGUGUGCACCGCUGUAUAGCGGCCGCCUCCCUCAGGUUAGGGGAGGAGAGAUGCAUCACAACCUCUGCUGCCUGCCAACUGAGACCGCCUGUAGUUCCUCCAGCUGAUGGCAAGACAAAGAUUAUUUUAUUUGCUGAAACAUUUUCAGCAUCUCCAGCAGCAGAGGCCCUCGCCUGCAGGACACCAGAAGAGAAACCAUGUGAAGGCAACAACUUUAGCAAAGGCUAACAAGAAAAUGCUUUUGUAGCUUUCCACGGUUUCUUGAUCCCGUUCCGUAUUCUGAGGAGAAGCUUCCAUCGGAGCCUGUGGCCUGCAGGACUUCUUCUGGAGGCAAAGCUGUGAUGACUUUUCUCACCACCCUUCGCCUAGACCAAAAGGGAAUUUUAUGGUCAACUUUUAGUCCUCAGAUGUUCGUGUAGCUACAGAACUGUGCAACCACGAGUCAGCAUGCAUGAGAUUCAUCCUCCUGUCCUAUUCUCUUUCUUUUCUGCUUUUAUGUGCUGUUUGCUUUCUGUCAUCAGUAAUUGGAAAACAGAUUAUUUUCCCCGGUCCUCUGCUUCUGAGGCUGUAGAAAGGUUUCAUCGAAGGCCCGAGUUAAAACAUUCAGUGAGUUUGAAGGCCAUGUUGGAGAUGCCUUCUGUCGUUUUUAGGCUCCGGUGAAAUUCUGCCCUCUGUGCAAAGUGUGUCCGAAGCUGGGUUAGAUGGUAGCAGGAGCUGCAGAGAGAAAGCCCUUAGUGGGGUGUAGAGAGGCACGGGUGUGUGCUAUUUCUGUACACAUUUACAUCUGCAUAUGGAGAAAAUCCCCUGAGCUUUAAGCCCGGAGGUUUAACCCAAACAUGAUAGCUUUUGAUGUUUGUUUGUUCCUUCUUUUAAAUUAUUUUCCUUGCUCUGCUUUAGUUUAUUUUUAGGAUGCUAAACCCUGAGCUCCAUGUCCUACUGGAAGCUCUGAAAAUACAAAAAUAUGAGUUCCUACCUGGAAAAUCCUCAUCAUCUAUACUUGUGUGAUCUUAACCUUUGUUUUGGUGUUUUGAUUCACUUGAUGACGAAGUGAGAGAAGAAGAGAGCAUGACUGACUCAAAGCAUCUGAUACUUUGAUGAACAUGCUGCAUUAUGCAUUUCUUUAUCAUACAGAACUCAGCACAGCUGUAGCACCUACUGGUCCCUCCAUCCCAGUCCUGGCUGAAGCCGGAACAUGGCUGCCCAAGUGCUGUUUUAGCUCAAUGCACCUGGUCUAACCCUCACCCUGACCCACGUCUCCACAAUGUUCUAUUGAAGAGUCUGAAGAGUAGAUGAAUCGGUGUUGGGCUCCCCAAGGAUUACAUUCAGGGCUUUUGUUCCCAGCUCACUUGUGACAGCUUCAUCCUUUAAAGAAAGAAUAGUGUCGUUUUGGUUUUGCUCGUCACAAACCCGUUGCAGACUGCGUCCUCGGGCUAUGCCAGCAGGGGAGUCGCUGGCACAUUGAUGGCUGCCACACACUCAAUUAGAAGUGAUGAAUAUGAUCUGGAAAUGAGGUGCUUUCGUCUUUAAUGCUAACACCAAGACAGCUGGGUGUUGGCCGGACUUAUCUACCCGUGCUGCUGAAGGAUUUGUGUGUGAUUGAUGAUUUAAAAAAUGAAUGCUGUUGUGACUUUUUGAAGUGUGUUAAACGUGUCUGAGGUGAAAGUACCCGCCGAACACUCCCGGCUCUUUACCACACACUGUUCUCAUGAGGUUAGCCGGGGUCAGCCGUGCAGCUCAAAGGCAGCCGCUUAUGGAAGACACCCUCAGUUAAAGCUUGUGUUUGCUUUCCUCAGGAUAAAGCAAAAAUCACCAAACCCGUCGCUGCAUUGUUCCUCUGACCAUCUCAGCUGUGCUUUGGUAAUUGCUCCAGUACUCAUCCCUGGAAGGUUGGCCUUUUCCAGUGCUGGAGGAGGAGUGAUUAAAUGACCCCAGAGAUGUCACGCACACGCACACACACACACACGCACGCACGCACGUGUGUGUAAAAUCCAACAUCUCAGCAGGAAUGAUGUCUUCCUUAUGUUUCAGCUAGUUUGUGAUUGGGCCACAUUGUAGGGGCCUCUCCUCCCUCAACACCUUUUAACUCACACUUGGCACCACUUUAUUAAACUGAGCGGGUGUUGAACAAACAAUCACGAUGACUUGAUGCAAUAGAUCAGUAAAACUCUCGUUCCUCCACAGAAACAGUUCCUGUUCACCAGGAUUCGCUGGAGAUCCGAGCGACUAUAAUGAAAAUAAGACGGGCUCAUUUCAGAGAGACUGCUGGUCUUUAACAGAAACUCAUUUAAAUCCUGUUGCAUCCUUUUAUCAUCGUUUUUCUCUUGUCCAGUCCUGAAUCAGCACUUUCUGUUCAUUCUAGUGCCUUAUCGUAACCUCAUGAAGUCACUACUCAGCUUAAAAGAUCACUAAUGAAUCACAACAAGAUCUUAAAGAAAAUAUCUGGAAUACCGAGGAGACUGGGCGGAGCUUGUACACAUCAAGUCAGAGUAAUCAUCCAGAAGUACAUGGUGUUCCUGUCUAAAUGGUUCAGCAUGUGGCAUUUCUUCAGGCCUUUUGGGGUUCAUCGUCUAAACAAAGUUGUCUGUUUAACCAAAGAAAUUAAAUCAAUUUAGAAGAAACUGAUUAUUCUUUCUGUUCCUAAAGUUUUUAAUUAGAAACUGGACUUUACAGGAAUCCAUGUUUGUUACGGAGGGUUAAAGCUUCUUUCCUCCACCACCCCUCAUGUGGCCCAGAAGAAAGUGCUUUGAGUUUUAUGAAAAUGAAGAUCAACGAGUUCAGGAUGGAGCUGAGCUGUAAGAGAGUCUUCGGUGAUAGCGGCUGGUCUCUUUCAGGUUCUCAGUGCAUAUUUUAAAGACAGUAACUCCCUUCAUUCUGCCUCCUUGUCGUUAUCAGCCCCACACAGUCCUCUCUAUCCCCUCCAUAAUAAAACACCACAGCUAUGGUCUCUGGGUUCAGCCAGUUUCCUCUCAGUCAGGGUCGCCACACCUCUGUCUGCUGUGGUAGCUCUCCCUUCAUCCCAGGAGCCACGGUGCAUCUACCUAAAAACAGAAAACCCGUGCUGGUCUGCUGCUGCCAUCAUUUACAGUCUCCCUUUGGAGCCACCUAUGUGUGAUGGCAGUGGCAGAAAGAAACAAAACACACUUGAUGCUGUUCUGUUCACCUUCACUCCUCAGCUCUUCUCAGUGUGUCAGCCGGACUAAAGCAGGGCAGAGUCGGGCCAUUCCAUCAGGGGAGUGUCACAAGGCAUCCCUAAACACGGGCUUAGUGGGUUCCCUUAGUUACCAGGACCAGUAGGUUUCAUUUUUUUCUGGGAUAAAGACUGGUUAUCUUAAUACUUUAAGUAUUUUAAAGCUAAAUAUAGUAAACUUUCUCGUUUCUACAGAUUUUCUUAUGUUGCUCCUGACAAACUACUACAUGGCCCCACGUCUUCAGUCUUUUUUUCCUCAUUUCAAAGUAAUUCUCAUGUUUUUGUCGAGCGACGUUUGCCCCCCGAAGGCCCAACUUAACACAAAACCAUAAAAGACAGUCUUGCUGCACUCCAGAAAGGUGGUUGUGACCAGCUGGAGUGAACCUAAGCAGACAGAAAAUGUCUCCAAGAGGAGAGAAUAUGUUAACAAAUAAAUGGAAAAAAUAAUUUUUGUACAGAGAUAUAUUUUUAUGAAAAUACAUUUGUAAUAUAAAAAGAGAAAAAUGGAUUGAAAUAUAUGUAAAUGAUUUUCUUUUUUCAUAAUUGUAGUACAAAUGCUAGUGGGGAGUAUAUGAAAAAUCUAUAUAUAAAUAUAUAUAUAUAUAUAUAAAAUAUAAAUAUAUACAAAGAAAAAUAGAAAAUUGCUUUUUGUAUCUGUAAAGAGAUUGUACAUAAAAGUUUACAUACAUACUGUACAUAUGUAAGACCCACCAUGGCUUGUCUGCAAUAUAUAAAAUGUAUUUUAUCCGUCUGUAUAUGAUGCUUUGCACUGUGUCUAAGCUUAUUCUACUUUCUUGAACUUGAAACUUAUUUUGAAAGUUUUUUGGAAUAAAAUAUAAAAGCGACUUUC